AUGAAACAGUAUAUUCUCUACUAUCCAACAUUCAUCUCCAUCUUUUUUUUCAGAAAAGAAUCCCGUAAAUGGCGUGAACCACCAGAGAAGGCUCUUCGUUUCGAGAAUCUCAUAAUUCAAGAGACAAAUCUCCCAUUGGAACAAAUUGAAGAAUCGAAGAAGAUGUUGGGUGAUGCAUUGCAGUUAUGUGGCAUUGAGAAUGAAAUUGCCAGUUUCAUGAAGAGGAAAUUUGAUGCCAAAUAUGGUAAGGAUUAA